AACGUCGGCCUGACUGCUCCGCAGCUGGGAAUACUCUGUGGGGUGUGAUUGGAGAGUCUGGCUCAGCUCCAGGGCAGAGAGAGCCUCUAUAUAUGCCCGGAGAGGGGAAAGCUGCAUCAGAGAGAGCUGCAGCCGCCUCGUCCUGCCUUCUCCCACGGUCUGCUCAAAGCUGAGGAAAUAACUGCUCGACAAAAUGUGCAAAGGAUUAGCUGCCUUGCCACACACAUGUCUGGAGAGAGCGAAGGAGAUCAAGACCAAGUUGGGCACGCUCCUCCAGAAGCCUGACUCAGCUAUUGACCUGAUCAUCCCAUACCCGGAGAAGCCAGAGAAGCCAGCCAAGGCCCAGAAGACCUCACCAGAUGAGGCUUUGCAGUGGCGUGAGUCCCUGGAGAAGCUCCUGCAAAAUGCUUAUGGGCUUGCCAGAUUCAGGAGCUUCCUUAGAUCUGAGUUCAGUGAGGAAAACAUUGAGUUCUGGAUAGCCUGUGAAGAAUACAAGAAAAUCAAGUCCCCCACCAAGAUGGCUGAGAAGGCCAAGAAAAUUUAUGAGGAGUUCAUCCAGAUGGAGGCACCUAAAGAGGUGAACAUAGACCACUGCACUAAAGCUGUGACCAUGAAGAACUUGGUGGAGCCAUCGGUGAGCAGCUUCAAUGAGGCUCAGAAGCGGAUCUUUGCCCUGAUGGAGAAGGACUCCCUGCCCAGAUUUGUGCGGUCAGAGUUUUAUCAAGAGUUAAUCAAGUAGCAAUGUAGCAAGCCUGUGCAAUGCAUUCUUUGCUAGGCACUCACUGUGAGCCAUGCUAUUGCCUCUUUCCAAAUCCCAGCUUUAGUCUGUAGCUGCUUUGCCUUAAAGAUACCAAACUGAGAAAGCACUCAACUGCAUUGCUAAACUCCUUCCACAUUGUUUUGGACUCCCUCCUAUGUGCCAAGUGUCUCCUCUUCUACAGUCUCUUUCCCUGCUCCCUUCCCAAGAUCCUUGUUAUGAAAAAGCCCUAGUGAUUUUACCCGUUGGUCUUAGACUGCAUUACUGAGAGUCAUCUUGGCAGCCAGUUGACAGAAAGCUUAUCCUGAGUACCUCCAUGGAGAUGCAAAGGAGACUUGCAGGAGCCUUGGCACUCAUCUGUUACACAGAGCUGUGGCCUGUAGAGCUUAUUGGUCCUAGGUCUUGUCCACACGACAGAGUUUUGUCAACAAAAGUUAUGCCACCGUACAGCAAUCGCUUUAAUUAAACUGCUGUUGCAUGUCCAGACUAUGCUCCUUGUGUUGGCAAAGCGCAUCCACACUACCAGCUCUUCCAUCAACACACAGAGCAGUGCACUGUGGGUAGCUAUUCCACUGUGCAACUGGCCACACUGUGCUUUGGGUUGAGUUUGCAAUGCCUCGUGGUGCAGGUACAGCAUUACAUGAUGCAAGUUUCUCAUUCCAUGGACAUCCUACUAGAUUGCCAGCUGCUUUUCAACUAAAGUGUGGGGGGGGGGGGAGAGCGUGUGACAGUGUGUGUGUGGGGGGGAGUGUGUGUGUUGGGGGAGAGUGAGUGUGUCACUGUGCUGUCUUUGUAAAUCCAAACAAUCCUGAGAUGGAGGGGAGAAUGCCCCCCCCGAACACACAGCAGGCCCCUCCUCCCUCCCUGGCUCUGCACAGCACAGCAGUCUCUCCCCUGUCUCCCCUGCUCUAUCUGCCGCUGUGUUCCUAGUUCCAGGGAGAGCAGGACUCCACGUUAAGGUCCUGUGAUUCCCUCCACGUUCUCCCACAUAGUGUCAUCAGCUCACAGACCAAUGAUCCACCCCUCCCCUGUACUCCAGGCAGGGCAGCCUGUUGCUCUCCAUGCUGAGGAAUGUCAAAGUUUCCCAGAGCUUUGAAAAGCGAGGGGUGCAUGCCUGCAGGGCAGCAGAGUUCAAAACAGUGAGCAGAGCAGUCACAGCUGGCAUUGUGGGAUACUGGGGGAGGCCAGUUACAUCGACAUAACAAACAGCAGUGUCGCUUUGUUGCUUUAACUUUACUGCAAAAUGCUGUCUGCCUCUCAUUGAGGUGGUUUUACUUUGUUGGUAAAACAGGAGAGUUUUGCCACAAAAAGUAGUAUUGUAGUGUGUACACCUCCAGUGUUUUGUUGAUAAAAGCUGCCUUUUGCGGACAAAACUGUAUACUGUAGGCAAGACCCUAGUGUCCAGUGCUCUAGCUGGAUCUGAGCAGCCUUGAUUCAGAUAAACUUAGAUGAGAAUCAGAGAAGCAUCCAUACUUCAAUGUUUAUCCAAAACAACCACAUGACUGAGUUGCUAGACCCUGUGUCCUCACCCAUCCCUACUCACACGUCAGGUUACACUGAUCUGAUAUCCUUGCUGUGACCAGCUGGAUGAAUUGAACAUGUUAAAUACUAAUGGCAUGGAAAGGGUGUUAAAAUACUCGUCUCCUCCCGCCACGACCCAAGACCUUGAAGUGACUGUGCUCUAAGUGCUAGGACUCUGUGUUGUUUUGACUGUCUUUGCGGGAGGAGGUGUUUGACAGCAAGCCCCACUGAGUGAAAGCCACCUCAGUUCUUCUGAAACAUUUGCUCUCUGGGGGCCCUGACACUGAGUCUGAGACCAGCUAGUGACAGGAUUGACUCUAAUUGCACUUGUGUCCACACACAACAUGUUGGCUACAUGGUUAGUAACCAUAGCCAUGGCAGCAUCAGUGUCUUGCCCCUGGCCACGACAGAGACUGCCACGUGGUUGCCUUCCUGGAUCCUGUGGGACACUGUUAUUUGCAAUGUAGAUUCUCCACACCCACAUCAAACUGUGUCCACAUGACUGGUUUGGCCUGCCCUCUCUCCUCCCUGCUUUCCAAGCGGGAGCAUGGCCCACUUGCUGCUCGUUCAGCAAACCUGCUGGACACAGAAGCAUUAUGGGGUUUUCCCAGCAUGCACUGAUCCAGUCACAGCCAGGCAGCAUGGAAGGCACAGGCAUACAUGGGUGUCACAAGGUUGCUUUUGAAAACAGCUGCUGUGCGGACACAGGAAGGUCGGAUGAGAAUCACAAACUGGUAACAAAGAUGGUUCUAUUCAUGCCAUACCCCAGGUACAGGGUGUAACCGGAGCUCCCAGACUGUGCUCUUCAGCUAGUAACACACUUCCCAUUGCCAGUGUGCUGCGGGAGGCUAUUGUGAGUGAUAGGCCCUUCAACACACCACCUCUGCUGGAACAAACAGUGCUCCUUUUGAGCUGGAGACAGGGAGAAGAAUAAAAUAAACAUCAUUUGUCCAAAACACUAGGACUGCUGCCUAGCAACCCAGAGCUUUGCCUGCAUUAGAUUUAGAGAGCUUGUCAUUUCCAGAGCCCUAUACAACCCCACAAUGCCUGUGCACAGCCUUACUCAAUGCUCCCCAGGUGUUUUGAGGUGUGUUUGACUCGUCAGUGUGGGUGUCCUGCUGGUGAAAGCCUGUCCCAGUUAUUCUCUCAAGAGCAGCAUGCCAAAGUGAGAGUUCUGCACCAACCCAAAAGAGAAAGUUCAUUAGAGGAGGUAAAACUUGUUGAAAGAACAUGACUAAUAGAAACAGUUGCUGAGAAGAAAAGGCAUCAGUGGAAAUAGGAGAAAUAAAACCCUGCCUUCUUGAACAGAUGGUAAAUGGUGCUGAGCUUUGUGCAGUUCAUUUCCCUCUGUCCAAGCUCCUCAUUCUAUUUAGAUGGGGCGUACAUAUUUGUAUUGCUGACACAAUUGGCCAGCUUGUGUCCAAGCAGGAUGGCAGGGCCGGUGGGCCUUCUGGAUGGUGACAGACUUGUUUCAUUUUGAAAAAUAUUACAGCUCACAGACAAUAGUCUUUGCCCUUGGUUCCAGCCCAGCUCAGCAGCCACCAGAAGUUGUGACCAUCUGCAGACUUGGGGGGCGGGCAGUGGCCUGUGUGAAAUAAAGCUGGGGUCUCAACCCAGUUCAAGCUAAGUGUCCAUCAGAACAGUCAGUGCCGUGAUUGGCAGUAACUGCUGGUGAAAAGGCCAGGGACUGACUGGAACUUGACAUGAAUGUCUUUUCUCCUCCAGGGGGGUUUCCUAGGUCCAGGUUGGUAGGUGCCAGGGUAGGAAGCCUGCAAUGCCACUGUUUGUAAUAAGACUGCCUGUGGCUAAAUACAAGACAUCUCCACAGUUGAUGAUCCAGCAUUUUUAUUUUUUAAAAUCAGUUACAAAUCUCUCCGCAGUCUGUUAAAAUAGGCCCCCCACGCUCAGAAUCCAGAGCUGGCAAUCCAGAGCAUGGGAGACUGUGUGCAACAUGCAAUAAAAUAAAUGAUGGGUCUGCAAACCUUUUAUACACUUA